CGUACUGCGCGUACUGUAAAUUUACUUUUUUUGCAAUUUUUUCGUAGUACAACUACUGAAUCAGUAUUUGUCACGAUGUAUUCAAAAAAGUAUAUAUAUAUCCUCUAGUUUUUUCAAACCUCUUUUUCUAGAUCUCUUUCUCUAAAAUAUUUUAUACAUAAUCGAAAUGGUUGACUCUUACAAUUGUUUACGUCUAAAUAAUAAACGCGUUUUCCAGGUUGAAGUUUAUAAAGACAAGGACAGGCAGAAAUUCUUCGAAUUUGGUAAUAAACAAAUUCCAUUUGUGAACUUUAAAGUUGGGCAACUCGCGAGGCUUAUCUCUGUACAAGAAAAGUUUGAAGUUUCGAAGCUUUGGAAAGUUGACGUUGAUAAGAGUAAGCUUAAUCCUGGUUCUACUGACGAUGACAUUAAAGAACUUGGAGGCGUGUCUAUGGAAUUUGAACACAAAUUUGAAAGAUAUUUUAAAGCUGAUUGCGAACUUAUGGAUAACAUCCACAUCGUUGCUGUCGUCGAAACUACAACCACUGAGCUCGGGAGGAAAAGGAGAAACACGGAAGUAGAAACAACAAGUAGAAAGAGAAGAGAAUGGGCGGUUAAUAGUACCAUUAAUAAUGAAGUGCGUGGUUCAGUAUACUUUGUUGAUCCAACGGAAGCGAGUGGACCACUUUUUAACAUGAUUAAGAAAGGAGUAUUUGUAGCUUUAUAUGGUGCACGGGCUUCUGGGAAGUCUACACGAGUGGAUCAAGCUAUGAUUGAGUUGGAAAGCGAAGGCUAUGUUUGCAUUUAUAUAUCCUUUGAAGGAGUAAAUAUGGAUACCAAAGACAUAUUCUGGUCGUCAAUAGGCACUAAACUUGCCAUUAAUGCUCCAAAAUAUUUUAAAUUAAAUGAAGUCAAAUCUGCCGAUGAUUUCAUGUUAAAGUUUCGGAAAAAUGAUUGGAAAUCUGAUGUUGUUCUCUUCAUUGACGAGUGUGAUACAUUAUUUGAAGCAAAUGAUGGCAUUAGAUCCUCAUUCCUUGGAGCAAUUCGUAACAUUAAAAAUUCAAAAAGAAACUAUGCAAUCUGGUCUUCUGUAGCCAUCGGUCCUCUAAGUAUUUUAUUUCUGAGAUCAGACAAAAUAAAUGUUUCUCCGUUCAACGUUAAUGAGCCAUUUAGGAACCCAAAUUUCACUCUGGCACAAGUGGAGUCAUUAUAUAAGGAUUAUGAGGACGACGACAAAUUAACCAUUGUUCCGGAGGUUCCUCGGGAGAGUGUUUAUGAUACAGAACUAAUUAGAAUCCUAGUGAACUGGAUCGUCAAAGAUAAUAACUUCGAGGUCAAUGGACAGUGCCAUCUAAUAGAUCACGCUGGUAAUGACGAAAAAGACAAACAUUAUUUUAGUGAUAUAAUCAUUGUGACUUCAAAACAAAAAGUUGUUCUUGAGCUUUUAGCAUCAGCAACAAAAAAUGAACUUAACGAACACUUUGAAAGGGUGCUUCAUUAUGCGGAAAUGCUAUCAGCAAGUGACAUAUGGAUAGUAAAUUUUUCAUGUGAAGAUGAUGCAGCAAAGAAACCCCAUUGGCCACCCAAUGAUGGAAACUUUGAGAGUGUGAAUGUUGCUCAUUUCUUUCACGACCAAAAGUUUGAAAAUGUACGAAUGAGCGCUCGAUAUAUAUCUAGCCCUGGUACUUUUAGUUAUAUUACAGAUCAAGUUAUUCAAUUACAGUAAUUAACUUGAUUAGCUUAAUUAGUAUUGUAAAAAUAUAGAAAAUGUAGAAAAUAUUU